UGGUAUUGUGAUUGUGAAUCGUUUAAAAUAUUCAUUCAACUAUCGGAUUUUCAUACAUGUUUCGGAGGAUGUUCGAAUGUGUGUUCUCCUGUUGUUGAUUAUCUUUCUCCGAGGCAGAUGCGAUUUGGUGGUGAUAUUUAUGCCCAAGGACAGCAAGAAUCGACGUUGCCAUAGUUUCCAGCAAACCAUUGACUUGACGUGUGUUGGAAACGUGUGUUUUGGAAGUGGGCGUGUUUAGCCUGAUGUUAUGUAUACAGAAGUCCCAGGCAUCGUCAAAAGUUUAGUAAAAGGAGAAAAACAUAAACCGAGCCGGUGAAUGGUAGGUAAACUGAUACAAAUAGAACGCUAGGGGGCAGUUUUACAAUGUGAUAUGAUAGGUUACUGAAACGGUUGACGUUGUUCACUGAAAUCCGGGGAUGUCUUCAUUGGAUUUAGUCAUGUCAGAUCAGUGCCAGCCUAACGCAUUGACCUAAGGCGAGCAGGUGGUGUAUACGAGAGACUGGCUGCAGCUAGGCAUACGAGUAGAGCAAAAUCAACAUUGGAUAUACAAAGAAUAACUUUUGUUUCAGCCAAUACUGUUAAUGAUGAAUGAAGGAUACAUUUAUCAUACUUUGUGUCAAUUAGCCAAACUUGGAGAAGGUGAUAAGUCACCGUCACGUGGAUAAUGUGGUAGAGGAGAUUUCGCGUAUUGAUUGGUAUCCUUGGUACCAAUCAUCGCAGGCGUGAAGAAAACAACAGGUCGAAACCUCAGUAUCGGUUUAUCACAGGAUGUAAUCUGCUCAGAUGCCUUUGGAACAAAUAAUUGUAAGAAUCUACGAACUUGUAGAAAAUGGGUCUCCAAUCUGGAUACAGGAUACAUAACUGGUUUACUAUAGGGCUUUCUUCCGCUGUAGUGAAGCAGUAACUAUGGCGUAUAAAGGUGGAUUUGAACCGCCGUCCAACCCUGUUCUUCCUCCGAUCCGGAUGAACUCCAAAUCAGGCGGGAGGUCGGGCAGCCUUGUUUUCGAGUCCAAGCAUAGGCUUCCCCGAGGCAGCACGAUAUGUACCUCCCCGAAACCCCCCGAGAGGGUUCAGACCCUCCUCGAGAUGAUGGAGAGUGGGAGGCCCGAGUCUGUGGAGUCCACGUUCAGCGGGGGUGCCAUAGGUGGUGGCACUUUUAUCACGGAACUUCACAAGAAAUCUGAUGAUAUUGAUGACAGUGAUUAUGACACCGAUUUGGAGAUUGAAGCACCACUCAAAGCAGCGACAGAGAAACGAAAGCGAAAGGUUGUUUACCGGAAAGCGUGCAGUAAGAAUGGCCUGACACCCAUCUCGUACUACAUCAGGAACAUGGAGAACCCCGAGCUGAGAAUGAGACAUCGGGGCUUGGCGGAGAAGGAGGCCCAGGCUCUUUCGUUACCACUACAGGUGGAACAUCUAACCGAAACGCUAGAUCUGGAGGGCAACUGGCUCGGCCCGGAAGGAAUCAUCCAUUUUUCAGACCUCCUCCGUGACAACCUUGUGCUCACUAAACUGAAUCUCUCCAAUAACCGUCUCGGUAACAAAGGUGCUAAAAUUCUUCGACUGGGCCUUCUGACCAAUAAGAAGAUAGAGAAUCUUAAUUUAGCUGCGAAUGGUUUUUCAGACAAGGACGCCAAAUUCAUAGCUGAAAUAAUUGAGAAAAACGACUCAGUGAAGUAUCUGAACCUGAGCCAGAAUGACUUCAACUCGGAAGGUGGGAUGGCGCUGGGCCCAGCAAUCGGGCAAAACCGGUCCAUUGUUGACCUUGACCUCAGUUGGAACCAGAUCAGGCUGAAAGGAUGCGAGGCGAUUGGCGAGGGGUUGAGGGAGAAUAAAAAACUUAAGAAACUGAACCUCAACAAGAAUGGUUUCGCUGUGUUUGGAAGUAUCGCCAUCGCUGAUGCUCUCCUGAUAGGCAACAACAUCUUGGAGGAACUUGAUCUCAGCAACAAUCGAAUUCCCAUAUCAGCAGCUGGUUUGAUCGGCAAAAUGUUCACAACUAACUAUGCCCUCAAAGUAUUAAAGAUGAGUUCAAACCCGAUGACGACGGCGGGUGCUCUGGCUUUGAUAAGAGAUAUUGAAGAUAGUGAGGUGACCAACCUGGAAAGAUUUGAACUCCGGGAUGUAACGGUAACCGACGAAUUCAUGGACUCUGUCGACGCCAUUAAAGAACGGCGGUCAUUCGAAUGCGAGGUUGGACACGUGACAAGCAGCCAAAAUCGGGACUAUGAUGCGCCAUUCCAACUCAACCUGUACAAUCCACUUGAAAUUAUGCUGAUCCACAUGGAAACCAACCACCUGCGUGUGGUUGACCUGUUCCGAGGUUUGGACAAGGAUGGAAGCGGGGCCUUGGAUAGGAAUGAAUUUGUAAAGGGAUUGAAGAAUGUUGACACGCCCCUGUCGUCAUCCCAAAUGGACGAUCUCAUUGCGAUGUUGGACAAAGAUGGUGACGGAGAGAUCGACAUCUCAGAGAUCUUGAACAUCAACACUGAGUUUAAGAAUGUCAAGAUGAAAGCCAAGAGAAGAGUUAAGGCUCGGAAUGAGGAGAAAAAGAAUCCUGCGCCGCGACUGGACUACAGGCAAGUUGGCCUGAUGGCGGUGAUUCGAGAGAGGCAGCGCAUUGAGAGGCUCUGACCGUACUGAAUGGUGGGCCACGUGCUCACCAAACCCGCUCCUGACUGGCUGUCGGAGUGUUAAUUGACUCUGAGACCGCGUGUGUGGAAUAGUGGCGAACCACGCCUUGAUCGACUGAAUGACGGUUUAUUUGUUGAUAAGGAAAGGAUGUGAAUGAUUCUAGAGGUCAGAAAACUGACCCCAAACUGGGGUCAAACCAGGCAAAACAUGUUUUGACUGUGAUAUUUUCCACACAUUUGCUAUAUGUGCGACUGCAAAAUGGCAAAGAUCAACAAUUACAUAUACAUAUAACUGAUCAGUUUUAUGAAUUGUGCUGUUUAUGUCCAGUGAUGAGGUUGAUU